CACCAUUCCCCUCUUCCUCUUCGCUUUUUUCCCCCAAAUCUCGCGUGCUGUCCGUCUCCGUGUCCUGCUCCGCCCCGCGGCUCGCUCCCCCUCCCAGCGCGUGCGCCUCCGAUCCGGCGGGUUCCGGCGCUGCGCCCGUCGAUUGACGCGAUUCGUCUGGCAGGGUACCGGCCGGCGCCUGCGCGCGCCGCGGAUCGAGGACUGGGGUCGCCGGAUUCGGGCGCCGCGGACGAGCGAGACCUAGCUAGGCGCCGGAGUCUGUGACGGAGCUAGCUUCGGCGCGUGGUUGGUGGUGGUGGAGGAGGAGGAGGAGGAGGAGGGGGAAGGGAGCGGUCGGUCUCAUAUGCGCGUGACGGUCACGCCCAAGGACGAGGAGAGGCUGGUCGGCUUGAUGGCGCGGGAGCGGCCGCGGUCCACGGUGGUUGCGGCGGGCGGAGAUUUGGUCACUGCUCCCGGCGGCGGCGAGGGGUCGGAUGGGGACUCGGCGGGGUCGAUAGAGGAGAUUUCAGCUGACGACUUCAGGAAGGACUCGUCGUCGGCGUUGGGCGGCCCCGCCGCCGCGGCGGCUGCGGGGCAGAGAUCUAGGUCUUGGGUGGGUCCGCCCGCCGUGGGUUACAUGGCGCGGAACUUUGGGCACGCCUUCAACAGCUUCGCGUGGUCGCAGGCCGUGCGGAACAAGCCGCUGGGGUUACAGCCGCCGCCUGCCUCGGACGAGGACGAGGUGGAGCAUGCCGUGGACGCGUCCGACGGGGAGAAGGAGGAGGGCGAGAUUGAGGAGGGGGAGGCUGUGGAGGCCGAGGCAUCGCCUGCCCGCGCACAGCCUGAGACCAUCGACUUGGACGCGGACGCGGACGCGCUGGAGAAGUCAGAGUCGCUGGCUGGUGCUGUGCCUGCCUCUGCUGCUGAGGAAGAGGAGGUGAACCUUGAUCAGCGUGUCGGCAGUAUACUGGAGGAGCUUGAGAUGGUCUCCAUUGAGGAAGCCGAGAAGUCUUUUGAGGGUGCAUGUGGACGACUGCAUACCUGCUUUGAGAACCUGAAGCCGCUGUUCCAGGAACUGGAGAACGGGAGCCCGAUGGCUAUACUUGAACCCCUCAUGCAGCAGGCGUUCAUUGGAAUUGACACACUCACCACUGUGGCGAUUUCGUAUAACUUGCCGAGGAGUGAGCAGAAUAAGACAACGCUUUUGAAGUCGUUGUUCCACAUAAAGAACAGAUAUUCAGACAUGCUGACUCCCGAGCAGCGAGACGAGUUGGACAGCCGCGUGAGGAAGUUAGUUUUUGGAGAAAAAGACAAUGUCAGUGACCCAAGUACAAGUAGUGGCACCAAUGCGAUAAAUGUUUUGGCUCCAUCUGGGCAGGUCUCAUCCUCAGGAGGACUGCCAUUUGAAUCAGGUGCAGCAAAUCCAUUUAGUAGCUUGCCGAGGUUGGAAGUACCUGCCAAAAGGAUUAGUCCCUUGUUGGAUCUUCAUGCAGAUUAUGAUGAAAACAGCUUACCAUCGCCAACCAGGGAUAAUGCACCGCCUUUUCCUGUGCCAAAGCCUAUUGGUUUUGGAGCAUUUCCAAUGGUGCCUGAGAAAUUAUCUUUCCCAGAAAGAGUUGAGCCUGCAAAGAAUUCGUUAUAUCCAUCCUUAAAUGAUCCUCUGAAGGCUGUCUCCUCAUAUCAGCAGAAGUAUGGGCAGAAAUCUGUAUUUCCAAGUGAUGAUCUGCCAAGUCCAACUCCAUCUGGUGAUGAGGGUAAAUCUGCAGAUAAAGGUGGUGACAUAUUUAGUGAGGUUUCCAGCUUCCCUGUUCCAAAGAGUAUUGCAUUGCCAAGUACAAGCCAGAUGCCUGCUUCUCAACCUAGCACAGUCAGCAGCAGUGGUAUUAGUUAUGCAUCUGGUCCACCUGGUUUUGCUAAACAAAUUGAGCAGCCGGUUGCAGGUCCAAAUCACGCAAUAAAGGCAGCAUCGAAAAGUAGAGAUCCAAGGCUCAGGUUUUUGAACCGUGAUUCUGCUGGUGCUACAGAUGUGAAUCGGCGCGCAAAUUUUUCAGAACUGAAGGAUGGGAACUUGGGUGGAGCGUCAGUUGGUAACCGUAAACACAAAGCAAUUGAUGAUCCUCAGGUGGAUGAAAAUGUGUUAAAAAGAUUUAGGGGCGGAACUGCAAAUCCGAGAGACUUGCAACCUACAGGGAAUCCUAAUCAGCUUAUGAACAUUAGGGCUCCUACAAAUAGUAGCGGUAUCAAUAUGAAAACUUUGCAGCCCCCUCAAACUACUGCUCCACAUGUCAGUGCAGCUCCUGCUGUCCCAGUGCCUUCUAUGUUGUUAAAGGACAUUGCUGUGAACCCAACAUUGCUUAUGCAUUUGAUCCAAAUGGAACAUCAAAAGAAGUCAGCAUCAGAAACUCAGGGUGGCAUGUCUAGUGGGAUGAGCAACAAUGGAAUUGCAGGCAUGGUUUUCACACCUGGCAAUGCUCCAAAGACCACAGAAGCUGCACAAGUCCCCUCUGUUAGGCCACAGGUUCCAGCGCAGACACCUUCUUUGAACUCACAAAAUGAUGGUGGAAUCCUUCGCAUGAAGCCCCGUGAUCCACGACGCAUCCUACACAAUAACGUAGCACAGAAAUCUGAUGCAAUGGUCUUGGAGCAAGUGAAAACUAAUGGAAUUACCCAGCCAGACUCUCAGGGCACCAAGGACCAGACUAGUUCAAUGCCUUCUCAACCAACUUUGCCAUCUAGCGUUGCAAGGCCAUUCACAAACACAAAACAUGUUGAUCCUGUCUCUAAUUCACAGUUAGCUGCUACAGCUAUAAUGGCUCCUACACAACAAGCUUUGGGCAGCAUAAAUAAGGUGGAUCCAAGACUAGCAGUUGAACAGAAUGGGCAAAAUGCUGAUGCAACAACAACUGAUGCUUCUGCAACAGAACUUGAAGCUACACAGCCUGUUAGCCCAUGGGGUAAUCUUGAUCAUCUCCUUGAUGGAUAUGAUGAUAAGCAAAAAGCUCUGAUACAGAAGGAAAGGGCAAGACGAAUAACGGAACAGCACAAAAUGUUCUCAGCGCGAAAGCUAUGCCUGGUGCUUGAUUUGGAUCACACCCUUCUUAAUUCUGCAAAGUUUAUAGAAGUGGAACCCAUUCAUGAAGAGAUGUUACGGAAGAAAGAGGAGCAAGACAGGACUUUGCCAGAACGUCAUCUCUACCGUUUUCAUCAUAUGAAUAUGUGGACGAAGUUGAGGCCAGGAAUAUGGAACUUUCUUGAGAAGGCUAGUAACCUAUUCGAGUUGCAUUUGUACACUAUGGGAAACAAACUGUAUGCUACUGAGAUGGCCAAGGUUCUUGAUCCUACUGGAACCUUGUUUGCUGGACGAGUCAUAUCAAGAGGUGAUGAUGGCGAUCCCUUUGACAGUGAUGAGCGAGUGCCGAAAAGUAAAGAUUUGGAUGGGGUACUGGGUAUGGAAUCUGCAGUCGUGAUCAUAGAUGAUUCUGUAAGAGUCUGGCCUCAUAACAGGCACAAUUUGAUAGUUGUAGAAAGAUACACCUAUUUCCCCUGCAGCAGACGUCAAUUUGGCCUUCCUGGACCAUCACUUUUAGAGAUUGACAGAGACGAGAGGCCUGAGGAUGGUACCCUUGCUUCUUCACUUGCGGUCAUUGAGAGAAUCCACCACAAUUUCUUUUCACAUCCUAACCUCAAUGAGGCUGAUGUGCGGAGCAUACUAGCAUCUGAGCAGCGAAGGAUCCUUGCUGGUUGUCGUAUUGUCUUUAGCCGGGUUUUCCCAGUUGGCGACGCCAGCCCCCACUUGCAUCCUCUGUGGCAGACUGCAGAGCAGUUUGGUGCGGUCUGCACAAACCUGGUUGAUGAUCGGGUUACUCAUGUUGUUGCCAACUCCCCUGGGACAGACAAGGUGAAUUGGGCAUUAUCCAAAGGCAAAUUUGUGGUGCAUCCAGGAUGGGUAGAAGCUUCAGCCCUGUUGUACCGGCGCGCCAACGAACAUGACUUUGCAGUCAAAUAACACCCUCCCUGAGCCCCAAUCCAUCAUAUAGGCUCCAGGGAAGAAUUCUUCUCGGGAUGGGAUAUGUUCAUGGUAUCCUAACAUGACUAAAAAAAAGCAUAACAACAAAUCUAAAACCGGACCAUAGUAAGAAGGAAAACCACCACCACCAAAAGAAUUACAGGCCUUAAAAGAAAUGGUAACGAAGAAAACGCUUUAUGAAGGCCUGGAAGAGGGGACUGGGUCUGUGUUGGACCUCAUUACCUAGGUGGUGAGUAUUUGGUCAAGAUGUCUUUUUGAAAGAGCCUGCAAAGAUGCGCGAAAAGGUAAAGAUGAGCAGAUGCUCACCGCCUCAUCAUCCUUUUGUAACAUGUAGUAGUAAAAGAGGUGCAAUUUUGGAAGAGUCCUAGGUUCAGAAAUGUUGCUUCUGGCCAAAGGAAGGGGGGUUUUUGCCGUUUUGGUAGCAGCCGCUGGUCGCCCAUCAAAAGUGUGAUCUGAACUGACAACGGCGGCUUGAAUCUUCGGGGCAGGGCAUUUUUUAUAGGAUGGGUUUGCUAUGUCAGUAUUUGUGUGUGUUAGCUGGGGUGUAAAGCUGGUUCCGUCUGUGCCGUCGAACGCUGGAAAAGGCACGUGGACAGUGGUACCUGGGGCUGCGCCUGCUGCUCCCCUAAACGUACUGUUUUUUUUUUCGAAACUGAAGGCCCAAAAGAAUCUUUCAGUUGGUUCAGGUAAAAGGGGUUGGAGAAUUCAUGGUUCAGAGAAGAACCAGUUGGUUCAGGUACGGGUUGAAGAAUUUAUGGCGUCAGAGAAGAACGCUCAGGUUGUGAUUGUGGAAGGUUGUUUAUUCCGAAAAGGAAACGCGUGACAGGGUGUGUCAGCGAAUCUAGGGCAUCGUCAUGAAAAAACCGACUUCAUCUCCUUCUAACCGAAAAGGCCGAAAACGUUAUGAUUUACGUAUAUCCGAGAAUUGAUUUUUUUUGGGGUU